CUCCUCUCGACAGAGUGAGGAACUAAGCGGAGCAGCAAGUGUCUUUUUCUGGCUUUGAAACCAACAUUUUCAUGGACACAGCAGAAUUAUGGAACCUCCCUCGCAGGUUUCAUUCCCAACCAAUGGGGAGAUGCAGAAACAAGAGGCCGAUGUCACAAUCUAUAUGAAUUUCAUGAAGAGUCACUGCUGCUAUGAUGCCAUUCCAACCAGCUGUAAACUGGUCAUAUUUGAUACCAAGCUCCAAGUGCAAAAAGCCUUUUAUGCGCUGGUGGCAAACGGCUUAAGGGCUGCACCUUUAUGGGACAGCAAGUUGCAGAAAUUUGUGGGUAUGCUGACGAUUACAGAUUUCAUCAAUAUCCUUCAUUGCUAUUACAAGUCACCCUUGGUGCAGAUGUACGAGUUAGAGAGCCACAAGAUUGAAACAUGGAGAGAUGUCUAUUUAAAGUGUUCCUGUCCACUUCUGAUUAGCAUUUCUCCAGAUGCCAGCCUCUUCGAUGCCAUCUAUUCCUUACUCAAACACAAGAUCCACAGACUACCUGUCAUCGAUCCAGAGUCGGGGAACGUCCUGCACAUUCUUACCCACAAAAGGAUCCUUAAGUUCCUCCAUAUAUUUGGGAAAAAGGUUCCCAAGCCUGUGUUUGUUCAGAGGCAGAUCCAGGAGCUGGGAAUCGGAACCUUCAGAAAUGUUGCCACAGUUCACGAAACAGCGACACUUUAUGAUGCCCUUUCUAUAUUUGUGGAAAGGAGGGUGUCUGCACUUCCGGUGGUUGAUGAAAGAGGCAAAGUGGUGGCACUCUACUCAAGAUUUGAUGUUAUUAAUCUGGCUGCCCAGAAGACGUACAACAAUCUGCAUGUCACAAUGCUAGAAGCUCUUCAUAGACGCACGUGUUUCAUGGAGGGUGUGAUCAAGUGCUAUCCGGAUGAAACACUGGAGACCGUCAUAGAUCGUAUAGUCACAGCUGAGGUCCACCGGCUGGUGCUAGUGGACAGAGGUGACGUGGUGAGGGGCAUCAUAUCACUGUCUGACCUGCUGCAGGCUAUGGUCUUAACCCCAGCAGGUAUUGAAGCCCUUUUGUCGUAGCAGCGAGGGGCAGAGGGGGCCCCAAUUAUUGUCAGUGUAGGCUUCAGUCCUGGCUGUGCUCCCAGGAAGAAAUAACCCUAUGAGUGACAUCUUGCAGCUGUUUACGUGAAGCUUUCUGUGCUGUUGCUUCUCGGCAGCUAGAAUGGACAGUGAGCCAACCUUACAGACUCUGCCACUCUGUUCUGUUCUAUUGAGGUCUUCAACUUGCUGUCCAUUUGGCUACAUUUGAUCAAAUUGAUCAAUAUUGUACUAAUUUCUACAAAAAAAUAUGUUGUUGUGAGUCUUGUUGUACAGUAUUUAAAAAUAACAAAUACGAUUACAGUAAAUAAAAUAA